UCUUGGUGCUGGGACCAAAGCUAGUAAUCAUCAUUUCAAUAAAUCAAUGGUAAAGACAGCAGUGAAGUUUUGUCACUUAUCAGCCUAUUAAAAAUAUUUUUAGUGAACAGUAAAGUGAUUUUUUGUAAAUAUUUACUAGAUUAUUGAUAUAGAUUUAAAAUUGUAUAAAACUUAUUGGAAGACUAUCCAAAGGAAGGACAUAAAACUUAUUAAAGUCUUAAAAAUGAAUAAUCAACUCUAUUCUAUUCGAUUAUUUAUCACAUUCUAAUAUUAACUUAUUACAAAUAAAUAUGUAACUAUUGCAACCGUACCUAUUCCAUAUUUUUGUGUUGAAGAAUAGGCUAUACAGUAGUAUAUCAUAAUAAAAAUGCUUUAAGGUAAAUCAACCAAUUGAGUUCAUUUGAAAUUCGUUGCUUCAAAUUUUUCUUGAGGAGCUUAUAUUUCAAGUUAUAUAAAAAAACUUAUGCGUCAAACUUAUAUUUUUAUAUUCAAGAUUCAACCAUUUUCAAAGAAGUUAUUCGAGAGCUAUAAAUAUUGCAAUUUCCAUUUGCAUAGUAGUUCAUUUCUGCUGUCACAUAUUUAUUCAAAUUGACCCUCCACUUAUUAUUUCCAGGAAUGCCAUUGAUGGAGGUAUGCUACCGAGAUGAUCCAAAUCUCAAUAAGUGCAUAAAAGAUAUAAUACAACACCUAGUCCCAAAUGUGAAAUCAGGUAUUCCUGAAUUGGGACUGCCAUCAUUAGACCCCAUGGAGAUGGAUGACAUGGAGUUCACAUACAAGAGCAGCAUGGUUAGUGGGGAUACCAAGGUCAAGGAUGUCAAGAUUUACAAAUUAUCAAACAUCAAAGUUGUGGAUGCCAGGGCAAAAGUCAAUGAUCCCACCAAGCUUAUUUUGGAAUUUGAAGCUCACUACGAUCGCUUGGAAUCUAUUGGCAAAUAUGAAUUAGUGGGAAAUAUAGCCAGGAUACCCAUCAAUACACAAGGACUUUUCAACCUUACUCUUUAUGAUGUAACAUUCAUGUACACAGUGAAAGGAGACCUGAUCACAGGUCGGGACGGGGAGGAGUACAUGGAGCUCAAGCACUUCCAGUAUCUGCACAGCAACAAGGGAAUUGGCAAUCUCAAACUACAUGCUACAAAUCUUGUCGAAAAGAAUGCCUUUCUAAAUAUGUUUGCUAUCAGAUUCCUGAACCAAUUCUGGAAGCCGAUUUCGAGGGAACUGAUUCCUAUUAUUGACCCAAUGAUUGAUCGAUUCACCACCAGAUUUUUCAACAAUAUUUUCUUGAGGAUACCAUACAACAUGCUGUUUCCACAAUCAAGGGAUUGGAUGCCUGGUUAUGACUGAAAAUUUUAUUAUUUAUAUCUUUUGUUUCUACUAAUUUAUUUUUUCAUUCUAUGAAUCACAUAGAAUAAAUUACUAUUCAGCUUAUGAGAGCUCUAUUUACCUCACUUGAACAUGGAAAGCUGUUAUAACUUCUACUGUUGAUUUACUGAUGGUCUUUAUUCAUAAUGAUCUAUGAAAGAUCAUUUAUUAUUGGUCUUUAUUCAUAAUGAUGUAUGCAAGAUCAUUUAUUAUUACUUAUUUUCUAUUCGAGUUUAUUUGGCUAAAUCAAUUUCAAGCUUCCAACCUAUUAUUGGCUUUGCAAUUGUAUUAUAAUUUGAAGUUAAUUACGACUUGUUUAUUAAUAAUGUAUUCAAAUUGUAAUCAUAAAUGAAGUAUUCAUAAUCCAUUCUAGGGAGACUAAAUUAUAAACAUGAAUUGAUUUUUUAAAUGAUCGAGCGAAUUCUCCCUUGACAGUUUCGUCAAAUAAUACAAUAUAUUAUAAAACUAGAAGUAAAGAAUUAAUUUUCUUAAAUAUGAGAACUGUUUCUUCUAUCAAAUUGAUAGAGUUUUUUUUCUGUCCUCUUUCAAUUUUUUACUGUUUGCUGUCCUCCUAGACUCAUAGAUAUUGAAUAAAUUUUCAGAAAGAUGUGUUAAUUUGUUGUUAGUAAAAUAUCUUAUUGUAUUUCUUUUAUACGUCUCAUUUCAAUUUUAAAAUGUUUAAGCUCUGGAGCUUUUUACAGGAGUUUCUGCACCAAAAUCUCGGAUUUUCAGUUCCUUUUCCAGUUUUCUGUUAUUUUCGCCAUAUAAAGCCAUCGGACUUGGAAAGAUCACUCUCGUCUUUUUUUUAGAUUUUCAAUAAAAAUUCGAAUAAAAUGAAAUAACUCUGAUAUCUUCUCGGAAUUCUUCUCGGCACGUCAAGGCGGUUCAAAAUCACUUAUCAUAAUUCAAAUUAGGUUGAAAAAUGGAAAAUAUAUCCUUCAUUGUAUACAAUAUAAAUCUAACCUACAUUUCCAUAUAUAUAAGAAAGGGCUGAUUUCUCUAUUCAAAGGUGCUUAUUUUGGAAACCCCUAAUUAUAAAAAAAUCUACAUUGUAAAUUGAAUUUUAGAGCAGAAUCUUUUCUUUCAUGUGAAGUAAAUAAUUAACAAAAUAGUAGGUUGUGCAACUAGUGCGCAAAGUGGCACUUUUCUGCACCGAGAGAAACGUUUACGCAUGAGCCGUAGGUGAGUGCGGAAUGGUUUCUUGAGUUCAGCAAAGGAACUUUGCACACGUAUUUCACAUUAAAUGUUUCCUACAGUUACCAUUAAAUAUGAAAAGUGAGUAAUUGUUAUGAGUAGAAUGUCCU